GGUUCCAGUUGUUAUAUGACCAGAAGUAAAAGAAAGAUCCGUGGACCGGCAGCAAAGUUUGGGGUUACUAAUAAAAUAAAAAAGGUUCGAUUUCAACAUGAAUUUGUAAAGAUUACUGAAAAUAUAAAAAAUAAAAGAGGAGUUGAACGAUUGUUGAGGAAUUUGAAAAGUAAACAGAAGCGGAUGAAUGGGUCAAAGGUUGCAAAGGUUAUUGAGUCAACUCGGUGCGGUCAAUCAGAAGUCGAGAAUAUAAAUGCAGCUGAGCUGCCGAUUAAUCAAAAUUUAUCCGUUGUUGAUCGUAAAUUAAGAGUUACUGAUGUUAGCUCAAUUGCAGAAUGUAAUACUGCGGUUGCAGGUAUAUCAAUUGUUGAGCAUGGCAAACCAGAUGUGAAUACUUAUUCCAACCCUGCGGAAAGCAAUGCAACAGAUAAUGAUGUGGGUUCCAGUUGUUAUAUGACCAGAAGUAAAAGAAAGAUCCGUGGACCGGCAGCAAAGUUUGGGAUUACUCAUAAGUUAAAAAAAGUUCGACUUCAACAUAAAUUUAAAAAGAUUAAUAAAAAUGAAAAAGUGAGGGUCAAUGGAUCAAAGGUUGCAAAGGUUAAUGAGUCAACUGAACGCAGUCAAUCAGAAGUCGAGAAUAUAAAUGCAACUGAGCUGCCGAUUAAUCAAAAUUUAUCCGUUGUUGAUCGUAAAUUAAGAGUUACUGACGUUAGGUCAAUUGCAGAAUGUAAUACUGCGGUUGCAGGUAUAUCAAUUGUUGAGCAUGACAAACCAGAUGUGAAUACUUAUUCCAACCCUGCGGAAAGCAAUGCAAUAGAUAAUGAUGUGGGUCCCAGUUGUUAUAUGACCAGAAGUAAGAGAAAGAUCCGUGGACCAGCAGCAAUGUUUGGGAUUACUCAUAAGUUAAAAAAAGUUCGAUUUCAACAUAAAUUUAAAAAGAUUACUAAAAAUGAAAAAGUGAGGGUCAAUGGAUCAAAGGUUGCAAAGGUUAUUAAGUCAACUGAGCGUUGUCAUCCAGAAGUCAAGAAUAUAAACGCAACUGAGCUGCCGUUUAAUCAAAAUUUAUCCGUUGUUGAUCUUAAAUCAAGAGUUACUGAUGUUAGGUCGGUUGAUAGCUAUGAAGCAGUUACGGGAGUUAUGGCAAAUGUUGAGUAUAAGACAAUAGAUAUGGAUACUAGCUACAACCAAUACAAUCGCGAGACAAUUGACUAUAAUACUACUGCUACUCAGACAGAUCUGGCUGGCAGUGACUGGCUCACCAAUGACAAAGAUGUAGCUGAGCAGCCGGUUAUGCGAAAUGUGUCCGUUGUUGAUCUUAAAUCAAGAGUUACUGACGUUACGAUGUUUGCUGACUAUGUAACUGUUAUUGGUGUUAUUGGUGCAAAUGUUGAGCAUAAGGCAAUAGAUAUGGAUACUAGCUACAACCAACACAAUUGCGAGAGAACUAAACACUGUCCAUCAGAUUGCAAGAAUCGAAAUACAGCUGAGCAGCUGGUCGAGCAAAAUGUAUCCGUUGUUGACGAUAAAGAAGUAGUUGGUGAUAUUAGGUCGGUUGCUAAUUAUGAGACCAUAUACACUAGUGUUAUAAAAAAUGUUAAGAAUGACACAAUAGUUGUGAAUACUUGUGAUAAUGAUGUGGAUUCCGGUUGUUAUAUAACCGGAAGGAAAAGAAUAGCACAUGGACCGGUAGCACCGUCGGAGGUUACUGCUAAGUUAGAAAGAAUUCGAAAUAGAUGUGAAGUUAAGAAUGAUAAUAAAAGUGAAAUGAAGAAAGAGGAUCGAAUUGAACGAGUGUACAGGAAUUUUAAUACUUACCAACAGCGGUACAAGGAACCAAAGGUUGUCAGUAGGAAUUCGUUUUCGAAAAUAUAUUAACGAGUUAAGAAUUGUUCGCCUUAAUUAAAAUUAAUUUUUACCAGACUGUAUUUCAGUUGCAAUGUUGGUAACCUUUUAGCUUCAUAAUCAAUAAAUUAUUAUUAUUA